AAAAGUCAGCCCUAGGAAGUAAACAGCACAUUUCUUCGUAUUGACGUCACCGCGCGUUUACGUGCCUCUCUGCUGCCACCGUGUGUUGGAGGACUGUCAUCGCACUGCAUAAAAGUAUUUAUUUAAAAAGUGGAAAAAUGCGACGCACUUAGGAAUUCUGUUUUUUUGUGGCGCUAAACGGAUGACGACUGAAAGCUUCGUGAAUCAAGAGCAAUUAUAUUUUUUGUGGCAAUGUUGUUGACUCAGAUCAAAGUGGCAUGUGUUGUGCUGUGUCUCACUGGCUUCAGGGAGCCCUCAGAUGUUUCAGCGGUUCUGCACGGAGGACUGGCAACCCAGGGUUUUAUCAGAUCUGAAAGUGAUGCUAACUUGAUGUUUGAGUUCUUAUGGAGAGGACUGGAGAUUGAUGUCGACAGUAACGUUGUCAUGCGGGAUCAAGAAAUAGCGUCCAUGCGACAAGGUCGAGCUUUCUUAUCUCUUAUAAACGACAGUAUUCCAAAGACUGUGUCUGCAAUGGAGAAGUUACUGGCUACGCUGGAAGAGCAAGACAACUCUUUCACUCAAACCCGUUUUGAGACCCUCAUCCUCGGGACUAUCUACUCAGCCUACCAGGCCCGAAACCAGAGGCUGGAGUCAGAACAGCAGGCCUGGACUGAUAUUCUUGGUCGUCUUGCAAAUGUUACUUUCGUUCAGCUACGCAAGUCUUAACUAACAAUAAACAUACCAGUUAUUAAUGUAACAUCCUGAUCAUUUGUAUCUGGCUUAUAUGACUCAUCAAAGUACAGUUUGUAAUAAAUUCAGAUGUCUUUGUUGUCA